UGUAGAGAAGAUAAAAUUAAAAAAUCAAGUUAAUCUCUCAGAAGAAGCUUCGGUUGUAUAUUUUAAAUCCUAAAAUUAGAACGUGCUUGAAGCCAAAAUGUCCAUAUACACAGUUCCUACUAGAAACCACACUGGUGUGCUUGGUGUUUCUUCUUUCCAAAAAAAUCCUCCACAAAAUACCUUUCCUAAAAGCAACAGGUUUGGACAGCAGCUUAAAUCACAGGUACCAGAAAAUGAAAAAGAUAAUUCACUAUCUCUUUCUCUGACUAAGACCAAAGAAAUAAAUAGGACCUAUGUGAUUUCUGCCUGUAAAAAUGCAGGUGAUACUUCAGUUACAUUUAAACCCGAAGGUAGGUUAACUCUCCAGAGAAGAACUGGAGCAAGCAAAAAUACCCCUUCUAUUGAUAAACAGUUGGAGGAGAACACAGCACAGGACAUUGAAAAUACCCAAACAGAUGGAAGACUUACCCUGAAGCAACGUUUGGGGACUGGAUCGAUAGAGAAAUAUAAAACAAACAAGAACAGUGAACUUGGGAUAGAAAAUAGUGAUUCUGUUGUUGCACAGACAAACAACAAAAAUGUAUUUCCACCAGGCAUUAGUACUAAUAACACCCAUUACAUUAAAUCUAGUACUCAGUUAGUUGAAGGUCAGAUGAAUGAAAAGAGAUGCUCUGAUCUGAAAAAUAAAGAUUCCCUUGCUAAUCUUAAUGGUUCAAGUGGAAAUGGGAAUAGUAAAUGUUUGAAAUAUAGGACAACUAUUGCUGAUGCCAAAAUUCAAAAUGACGUUCCUAGAUCAGCACAUUUAAUAGCAACAAAACUUGUUAACAGGACCCCAGGGGUAAAGCUGAAUGAAAAAGAUAAUUUUAAUGAACUGACUGGAAAGGAAAGGAUACAAAAUUCAGUUGCUAAAUAUGGCAGUUUGGAAAGACAAAGAACACCUAGGAAAGGUGGUACAACAGAAGGAAUAAAGGCUACACCAAUGCGUGGCACUCUUCAGGAUGCCAAAAGUCCAGCUACGUCUACUCUUAAGAACAGGACACCUUGUCUUCAAGUUAUACAGAAAAAGAACACCAAUGCAUCCAACUCUUUGUCCAUAAGUAGAAGUGCCAGGGCAGAAGGGAGUCAGAUAUUUAUGCGACCUGCUGCACUUAAAGUAGAAACUGUAGCUCAGAACACUUGCACAGAGGAAAAUCCUCUCAAAGUAGAAAACAGUAAAGUGACUGUGGCUGUGCGAGUAAGGCCCUUCAGUGACAGAGAGAGAAAAGAAAAAGCAUUACAGGUGGUCUCCAUGAGUGGCCUGGAGACAGUUGUGCGACAUCCAGAAACAAAACAAGUGUACGACUUCAUUUAUGACUUUUCAUUCUGGUCUUUUGACCACUGUCAUCCUAACUUUGCUAGCCAGGAGACGGUAUAUAAGGCAUUGGCAGUACCGCUCCUAGAAAGAGCCUUUGAGGGAUACAACACCUGUCUUUUUGUUUAUGGACAGACUGGUUCUGGAAAAUCAUAUACGAUGAUGGGAUUUGGUGAAGAACUAGGAAUAAUUCCAAGAUUUUGUGAAGAUCUUUUUACUCAGAUAGCACAAAUGGACACACAGCAGAUUUUGUACCAUCUUGAAAUGAGCUAUUUUGAAGUCUACAAUGAGAAAAUUCAUGAUUUGCUCAUCUUUAAAGCUGAAAAUGGACAAAAGAAACAACCUCUCCGUGUAAGAGAACAUCCAGUAUUGGGGCCAUAUGUGGAAGACUUGACAGCGAACAUGGUCAGUUCUUAUUCUGAUAUCCAGAGUUGGCUUGAGCUAGGAAAUAAACAGAGAGCAACUGCUGCCACAGGCAUGAAUGACAAGAGCUCUAGAUCUCAUUCUGUCUUCACCCUCGUGAUGACACAGACAAAGACAGAGUUUGUGGAAGAAGAAGGGCAUGAUCAUAGGAUUACCAGUCGCAUAAAUCUAAUAGAUCUAGCAGGCAGCGAACGCUGCUCUCCAACUCAGACCAGUGAAGAGAGGCUGAAGGAGGGCGUGAGUAUUAAUAAAUCACUGCUGACUCUGGGGAAAGUUAUUUCUGCGCUUUCUGAGCAAUCUCAGAACAGAAAGAGAGCUUUCAUUCCUUAUCGGGAAUCUGUCCUUACGUGGUUAUUAAAGGAAAGUCUUGGUGGAAAUUCAAAAACGACCAUGAUUGCCACAAUAAGCCCUGCUGCCAGCAAUGUAGAGGAAACCCUUAGCACUCUUCGAUAUGCUAAACAAGCUCGAUUGAUAAUCAAUAUUGCCAAAGUAAAUGAAGAUGUGAAUGCUAAAUUAAUUAGAGAACUGAAAGCAGAAAUUGAGAAACUGAAAGCAGCUCGCAAAAAUACUCUAAAUAGAGAUCCUGAGAAAUUUAGACCGUAUCUGCAAGAAAUAACAUCCCUAAGGGUAAAACUACACCAACAGGAGAGGGAUAUGGCAGAGAUGCAAAGGGCCUGGAAAGAAAAAUUUGAACAAGCAGAACAGAGGAAAUUUGAAGAAACAAAGGAGUUACAGAAAGCAGGAAUUACAUUCAAGAUGGACAAUCGUUUGCCAAACCUUGUCAAUCUCAAUGAAGAUCCCCAGCUCUCUGAGAUGCUUCUGUAUAUGAUAAAAGAAGGACAAACUACAGUUGGAAAGUACAAACCAAAUUCUCCUCAUGAUAUCCAGCUCUCUGGAGUGCUAAUUGCUGAUGAUCACUGUGUUAUCAAAAAUGUUGAUGGUAGAGUGAGUAUUACGCCACUGGGAGAAGCAAAGACAUAUGUUAAUGGGAAACACAUUUCAGAGCCAACAGUUAUGCAUCACGGUGAUCGUGUGAUUCUCGGUGGAGACCAUUAUUUCAGGUUUAAUCAUCCAGUAGAGGUUCAGAAAGUAAAAAGGCCAUCUUGUGGGACUACCCUUUCAUGUGAUGGGCCAAAAGAUUUUGAAUUUGCAAAAAAUGAACUGUUGGUUGCACAGAGGUCACAACUUGAAUCAGAAAUUGAAGAGGCACGACUGAAAGCCAAGGAAGAAAUGAUGCAAGGUAUCCAGGUUGCAAAAGAGAUGGCUCAACAAGAACUUAUUUCUCAACAAAAAGUUUACGAAAGCAAGAUAAAAUCACUAGAAGCAGAACUGAGAGAAGAAUCUCAUAAGAAACAAAUUCAGGAAAUGAAUAACCAGCAGACUGCUAACAAAAUACAAGAACUGGAAAAAGCAAAGCAACAUCUUGAGUUGGAAGUACAUUUCAGCAAGAAGCGUCUGGAAAUGGAGACAUUAGCCACCAGACAGGCUUUAGAAGAUCAUACUAUUCGUCAUGCAAAGAUUCUUGAAGCUCUGGAGGCUGAGAAGCAGAAAAUUGCUAAAGAAAUAGAAACUCUUCAGCAGAAUCGUGGAAAUGGGAAUAAAUCUAUAACUAUUAAGCCUAACUGGAAUUCUAUGAAACUCUCUCUGAUGAUCCAGGAGGCCAAUACCAUUAGUAGCAAAUUAGGAAAGCACACAGUCUUCGGCAGACAUGAUAUAUCAGAACAAGGAGAUGGCACUGGACCUUCUGUUAAAGUGCUGGUUCGUAACCUCAAGCUGGGAAUUGCAACUUUCUGGAGCCCGGAGAAGUUUGAAUAUAAGCUAGCAGCAAUGAAAGAACUCUAUGAGAGUAACGGUAGUAACAAAGCUGAUGAUGUAUUUUAUGAUCCUGCUGAUGAGUGGGAACCUGACCUUACAACUACAUCCGUUUCUUCCUUUUCCAAAAGGAGGAGCAGAAGUUUCAUGAGGAACAGGAGAAUUUCUGGAUGUUUGUCUGAUAUAAAAUUGCAGCCAAUCCAGACUCUACACACAUCGCACUUAUCAGGUUCAGUCAAUAAAUCCAGCAGCAUAUGUUCAAGUUCUUCUGAAUCAUUUCUACCUGGAAUUUGCAAAGAAUUAAUUGGUUCAGCUUUGGAUUUACUAGGACAGAAUCAUGAAGAAGAAAUGAGUAUAGCAGAUAGUCUCCUAACUAAUUUGCUUACUAUUUAUACUGGAGUAACUGGCAUUUCAAAUGCCUAUGAACAACAAGAUGAAGAAAGUCAAGAUAAUUUUUUCUUUCUUGAUCGUGCUACUCAGUCCUGCAGCAUCAGAAUUACCUCUGCUUUUGAACAACUUGUGGUUCUAACUGAGCAUUGGCUUAAUAGUUUCCAAAACUGCACUGAUUCCCUAAAAAUUGAUGAAUUGAGACAGGGUGUAAAAAACUUGGGAGGUUAUUUACAAUUACUGUUGCAGGGUUGUUGUUCAGAUAUAUCCUCAAUGGUAACCGAAGCACACAACAAAAUAAUCCAAAUAGUGAAACAGGCAGGAAAACAUGUAGGACACUUGACAGCACUUAUAGGAUCUGACCUACACCUUUCUGAAGAGAUCAAAGAAGAUGCAACUAUCUCACAGGAAGAUUUUAUACUUGCCAUUUAUGAUGGAGUAGGUUCAGGACUGAAGAGUCUCUUGGAUUCUGUACAGAAAAAAACAAGAGAGAUGCAAAAAGAACUUUUGAAACAGUAUCCACAAAAUGAGGUUCAAAAUCAAAUAAAGAAUAAUGCAGUGUCUUUCGCCAGAUCCCUUGAAAAUACAAUAUCUAACUGCAAAAAGAGAGAAAUGGGAACUCGAUUAACAAAAGAAGAAUCUGCCCACCAGGAACUAAAGAAGGCAACUAAUCUUGCUUCUGAAUACUUGGAAUUAGAGCAGUGCAUAGAUAAAGUCUGUCAGAUCAUUACUACUUCAUUGCAAGGAUCAUACAGAAAUACAACUCAACUCAGAAGCUAUACAGAAAAGAUUUGCAUCUUAGCUGGGCAUUUUAAUAAUUACUGCACUUUAUUUAGCUUGCCUUCUGCUUCAGCAAACAGUCCUACUUGCAGAACAACCACGUCUUUUAUGGUCACUUCUGAAUUGGAUUCUCUAGCCAAGUCACUCAUUAUAAGUUUUGAACUUGAACAAGGACAUAAUUCAUUGGCAUCUCAGACCAUUUGUAUGCAAAAUACCAAGACUGAAGAAAAACAGCUUGAAACUGGUGAAUCUACUUGGAAACAGAAAGGAGUUCCAAAAUGCGAAUAUAAACUUCAGCCUUCAGCUACAAGUUCAGGGAAACUUUCACCCAGUGGGAUACAGUGGGUAUAAAAUUAAGGCAUUAAAUAUAGUAGAUUCCUGAAUGUAGGAAAAAGUAAACAUUAUGGGCUAUUUUUUUAAUGAAAGAGAGACAAGGAGGGCAUGUCAGUCUUUUUUAAUUUUAGAAGGAAAAAUAAUAUAUUGCAGAAGGUUGAAAUUUGUUGGUAAUUUUAUCAUGAGCAUGGACAGUGUUGUGUGAAAGUAAAGGACUUGAGGUACAAGAAGAUAUGGUACACUGAAUUGCACAGGAACAAAUGUAAAUCCAGAAGACUUUACAUGAGACUUACACUUAAGAAAAUUACAGAUGCGUGAGUAUUUUUAUUCAAACCUAUAUCUAACUGUAGUAAAUUAUAGAGCAACAUACAAGAAGUAACCAGACAGUGAGUUAAAAUCUAGUCCAAGAAUAAUAUGUAAAUACAAAAAAUUAUUGAGAAAAGCUAGGAAAUUCAGUGUUAAAAAUGGGCACUUUAUCCUCCAUUCAUAAUGUAGCCUCACUUUAAUGCAUGAUGAUUUAUUAAGGGUGCAGUGUCAUCCUUACCACUAUGUUUCCUGGCUUUUUUAUUUUUGGUUUGCCAGCUUUAAUAUUUUUGAGAGAGGUUUUUGGUAUCUGUUUUCUUAGGACAGAAUUGAAAGGCUACAAAAAUUAUUGGGUAAACACACAUUUAAGGGGAUAAUUUGUAUAGGUUUAUAAUCCCUUGGG